CAUCAAAGUCCUCACCAAUGCUGAACAGGCCACUUAAUUUACAGGACACAUUUCCAUUCACGUCUACCUCACUGCGCUCUCUGAGACUGGAGCAGGAGUAUCAGGAGUGGCAGAAUGCUCGACGAGCGUUGGCUCAGAGGCGAGCCCUGACCAGGGCCCCACUGCCCCCAGCCCCGAGGCCUCCUCCCAGGCAGCAGCAGCAGCGGCGUCUCCAGGAGGUCCGGGCCCCUCCAGCCCAGGUCCGGUGCAGAGACACGGCUGUCCACAACACCUUCAUGUGCGGAGAUAUGAAAGGAGUGUAUGCUGUGCUGAAGGACCCAGCGAUGGUCAACGCUCUGAUGGAGACGGUGCAUGAGGAGAUGGUGUGGGCUCCAGAGAUGGGCAUGUGGACGCUGAGCUCCAAGGUAAAACAAACCUCAGCAUUACGCCUGGCUGCCAGCAGAGGACACGCAGGAUGUGUGGAGGAGCUGCUGUUUCGUGGAGCCGAGGUGAACGACGACCCUGGAGGCAGCACAGCCCUCCAUGAUGCCUGCGUAGGCGGCCAUGAUGUCUGUGUCAGGCUGCUGCUUUCUCACGGAGCAGAUCCAGAACUGCUGGCUGCAGAUGGCAGCGCUCCUCUUCACCUCUGCACCUCUGCCCAGUCAUUCCAGUGUGCUGAGCUGCUGUUAGAGGGAGGUGCAGAGGUCAACGUGAGGAUGAGGGAGUCAAGGCUCACACCUCUGCACGUGGCAGCUCAGCGAGGCCUGGCGGAGCACGUGGAGCUCUUCCUGAGCCACGGGGCAGAUGUGUUGGCCACAAACCGAGAGGGGGAGACCCCGCUGAAUGCUGCAUGCUCCGCAGCUGAGAGGCCGUCUGAGGCCGGCCGCUACCUCCACGUGAUUCAAAUGCUACUGGACGCAGGAGCCAACCCCAGAACAGCAGGCAGGAAGCAGCACACCCCCCUGCACAACGCCUGCUCCAACUGCUGCUCCAGGAUUGUAGACGUCCUCCUGAAGCACGGUGCAAAGGCUGAUGUUGCAAACUGUGCAGGAUACACACCAAUGGACUGUCUGUUACAGGUGGUGGAAGAUUACCCGGACCAGCAACCUGAAGCAAUAGCACGAGCACUUCUGAACCAUGGAGCCAAACCUGUUCCACCAAAGAUGCUGAAGCAGUGUGUUCCUUCUCCUGCCACUCUGGAGGUGAUGCUGAACUCGUACACGUCUGUGCCUCCCUGUGAAUGGAUGGACUCUCUGUCUGCUGAGAUAUAUGAGGAGCAUCGGUUUGUCUUUGACUUGGUGCGUCAGCGGAGCGGUCAGCCUCGCUCUCUGCAGCAUCUCUGUCGAUGUGCUUUGCGCCUGCACCUUGGAGCCCGGUGUUAUUCAGCAGUCAGUAAACUGGACGUUCCCAGCUCUGUGAGGGAUUAUCUGCUGCUGUGCAACGACAGGGACGCUCCAGUGACUUCGUAUUGUGUACGUGAUCUAACAGAGGAUGGUGCUUUUUCAUAAACACUGUUUGAAAUUUACUGAUAAAAUCCUGUUUCUGUUAUUUAAUUUUUUUUUUUUAAACUAACACUUGUUUUUGAAAACUUUUAACAUUAAAGUAUUUUUAAUGUUACUCUAUUGUUUGGACAAUGAAUAAGUGGGAAAAAAAUACAAUAUUUUUGAGUGGAUGUUCUAGAAGAAAAUACAAAUUAACACAACUUUACCACCUGAUGGAUUAUUAUUAAUUUACAUUUUCUUUUAUUUUCAUUGAAAUGUUGCUUACUUGUUAGUGCAUCAGUAAUAAUGAUUCAAUAUUAUAAUGUACUGAAUAUAUAAAAACUCUGUGUGCAUGAAGGAUUACUUUUAGUACACUGCUGGUAAUACUUGUGCCAUUUAAUUUAGCUUUAAUGUAGGGUUUUUACCUGUAAUUAUGAAUACCCAUUUCUGCUAAUAUGACAAAAAAAAAAAAGAGAUCCUGUGACUUUCUCAAAAAAAUGAGUUGGUUUCUCAUUAUUUUGAGAUACUAAGUCAUUAUUUUUGAAAAACUAAGUCAUUAUUUUGAGAAACGAACUCAUUAGUUUUUGAAAAACUAACUCAUUACUCUGAAAAACUCAUGAUUUUGAGAUACUAACUCAUUGUUUUGAGAAACUAAGUAAUUAUUCUGAGAAA